UGGUCGCCGAGCUUACAGGAAGCCUCCCGGUCCUCACCUCCGCCAUUACCACAUCACCUGCGUAGCCUCAUUCCUGAAACACGACGCAUGAUUGGCUGACGAGCCUCCGGGGAGGCGGGUCGCGCGGAUCUGCGGCUGACUGGCGGGAAGAAGAAUUCUGGAAUUCUCUCUGAGGUGAUUUGGUGACGUCACUCGCGUCUUCUACCGACUAGAGAACGGUGAUCGGUGUGACCGGUGUGGGGGAGAUCAGAUUACAGAUGAUAUUCUUGCACGCAGAGGAAUCAUGAUUAAAGAAGAUAAGCAGUUAGAGGCACACAUUGACCACGCUUUAAGAAGAAAUGAGUUUCAGCACCUAGAAGGAUUUCAAAAGAAGGAACCCAGUUCCCAAAAAUGUACCAAAGAAUUUCUUAAGAAACUUGACUUACUUUUUUGCAGGGAGCUGGAUAAAAUGGAAUUGAAGAAUGUAUCUCUACUGCUUAAUGUUUUAUCGAAAUUUGGAAAUGAUUUGACCUCAAAUGGAGAUAAAUGGCUAACCACAGCAAUCAAUCAGGGAUUGGUUGAGAAGAUGGUAGUUUGGUUUGAAAUGAUCAGAGACAUUUUGAUGAUCGCAGGAGGUGUGAUAUGUGACCCUUUAUUAAAUCUGACAGAAGAUUACUUUAAUGUCAUAAUGGUUGUGCAUAACCACAGUAGUGAUGGUAAAAUCCAGAUACUUGAACAUUUUAUUGUAAGAAUUUGUUCCAUAGUAUCAGAAGCAGCAAUCAAUAUUUCUAUCAAACAAGAGGCUAUGCGUAAGCUGAAUAUCAUGCUUGACAGCAUGCCCCGUGAAACCAGAAGAAAGCUGAUUCUCGCUGAUGAUAUGAUGGCUAUAAUGUCUGCUAUGGGUAAAAGAAUCUUAGAUGCAGGAGAUUACGAUCUACAAGUGGCAAUUACAGAAGCUUUGUUCAGAAUGACAUUGGAGGCUCAGCGAGUGGAGCUAGCUAACCAUUGGUUUCCUAUGGAAUUUGUCUCUAACGCAUUUAAAAAAAUAAAGGCUUCAGAGUUUGAAACCGAUUGUAGAAAAUUCCUCAAUCUGGUGAAUGGUAUGUUGGGUGACAAGAGAAGAGUUUUUACCUUUCCUUGUCUUUCUGCACACCUGGAAAAUCACAAGCUCCAGACACCAUCUGAUGAAAAGCUGGAAGAGUUCUGGAUUGAUUUUAAUGUUGGGACUGAAAGCCUUUCCUUCUAUGUUUCUACAGAUGAUGAGGAUCAUCAGUGGGAGACGGUGUGUGUAGCAGACAGUGAAGUGGAUUUGUACAAUAUUGAAGCUGUUGGCAACAAGAUGCUAUUAACUCUUACCUUAAAUACGCCAACAACAGUUGGUCAGCUAAUGGGAUCUUGCCUUCGGAUAUUUUUUGAUAGUGCUUUGGAUAUUACCAAUGUAGUUAGGAAAGUGUUUGGAGCACAUAAGUUUAAGGGCUUUAUAAAGAAACAACGCAAUUCAGUAGCAAAGACGACCGUGCAUGUUAUUUUUGAUGAAAGUGGAUCUCAGAUCCUUAUACCUGAAAGCCAAGAAUCUGUGUCUUCUGCAAAGCAUAUAACUGUGGUGGAAACCAGUGACGUCAAAACCAAAAAACCACCUUCUUUAACAACACCAAGUAGCAGUCAACAAAAUUGUGAGGAAGACAACUCUCAAAAUUGUAAAAAGUUUGUUACACCAAGUCGACCAAAAGUUUCAGAGCCAUCAAUCAAUAUUCUAGUACCUGGUGCUCAGAAGACAGCUAGUGCAUCUGUAUCAGUAACAACACCAUCACUGGGAAAGGCAAGGAUGAAACCACCCCUAGAAAUGAUUAGUUCCGCACAAAGAAAGACGUUUGUGGGGCCUAGUCACAAAGAAGAUGCAAGCUGCCUGAAAAAGGGGACCUCUAACAAGCAAAAGCCUACAGCAGCUGAUGUAGAAACUAUGCUGACUGAUGACAUUUUCCCAAAUCUUUCAAAGGGAGGCCAUGAAGAACAAAUGGAUAUUGUGCCGGACACACAGUUUCCUGUGGGAAAGAAUAUGCCAAUAUUGCCGGGUCUCUCAAAUACUAGUAUGAGUUUAACCAAGAAGCCUGCAAGAGCUGUACGUCAAAAUGAGAAAGCAAGUGUAACAAAUGAAAUUCUGUCUAACAAAGAUAAAUCUGUUAGUGACCUGCUUGCCAAAAUGGGAAAGAGUUCAGCCUUUGAGAGUGAAACAAGUGCCCAAAAUACAAAACCCACAGGUACUGGUUGCCCAAGGACAAAAUCACAGGCCCAAGGGAGAUGCAAAAACAAAAAAACUAAAAAAAAAAAAGCUGAGGAACAAGCUAUUGAAAGACAAACCUUGAACGUCGAAAAGCCUGACAUAUCCAUGAACAUACUAAGCAGGGAGUCUGAUGUUCCAUCUCAUGGUGUUGAUCCAGCUAAGACAUCUGACAAUAAUAGUAAGAAGGAAAGCUCAAAGGUAGCAAAGUUCAAAAGCUCUGAAAACGCAGCGAAGAAGAAAGAAUCAUUGAGACCUAAGAAUGAAAAGGCCACAAGUCUGCAUGAUGCAACACAGUCACUCCUUGCCAAAAUAGGAAGCAAAUACUCCUGUGAUGUUGUCAAUAAAACGCAAGCAGCAGUGGUGUGGCAAAAUCUAAAUGAUCACAGCACACAAAAAAACAAGGAGAAAAGGCAAAAUAAGGUUAAAUUAAAAGAAAAGGGAGACUUAAACAAGAUUAGAAAAGGAGAGCCAUGGGAUGAUAUUUACAGCUUUCAAUCUGUAGAAGGUGAUAGCCAUAGAAUAGAGCUUGGGGUUUCAUCAACCUUUCUACCAAAGCCAACAACCAGUGUAUCAAUGGCUAGCAAUGAGAGCACAGCUGAAAAGAAACAGAAAAGUACUACAGUGACUAAGAAAAAGGCCAAAAACCCACACAGACAUCUGUUUAGUGACACUGAUACUGACAGAGGAGGUGAUGAUACCAAAACAGAUCAUAGCUGGUUAAGGAACACUGCCAGCAAAAAGAAACCCAAGAUUGUUGGCUACAGCAGACAAAAGCAAACCAAACCUCCAAAGCAGACUAUGGAAUGCAGAACAGAGGAAAUUCCUAAACAAAAUAGGAAAAGGAAGGCAUCUUCUAAGGAAACAAUUCAGCAGAGUACUGACAAAGAAGUUGAACUACUGAACAAAGUUAUGGAACACAAACGCCCUCAGAGAGGAGAGGCGGUAAAGAGGAAAUGCUAUAAAGAAGUAUCCGAUUCAGAAUCUGAGGAACCCACACCACCUGAUAGAAAGGAAACUCCCAGAGUUCAGUAUGGAUUCCAAUCACUUAGGAAAAAAGUGUCAAUAGAACUUCCACAGAAACCUGAGAAUCUCACUAGAAAGAAUCAAAAACCUGAGGAUAGUAUGGUUUCUAGCAAAUUGGACAAGACCCCAUACAAGAUGCCAGCAAUAUCUCCUAUCUCAUCAAGUAAUGAAUCUAUCGAGCAGGUUAGAGCUCAGCACCUUGACUUGGACACAGGGUUACCAGUUAAAAACGCAACUUUCACAGUGUUUACUUCCUCGCCUUCACCGUGUUCCUCACCCUUAACUAGCCCCAAUCCAGUGAAGUCACUUAGCAUGACAACAGCUGUGAAAAACGUGACCAAGCACUGGGCUAGUACUACUGACACGACUAUAAAUAAACUUGGUGUAUGUGAAACUGUCCAGGAAAACCUGUCUCCAGCCAUCAGUAACACGUCAAUGGUGAGUUUACCCCAGGAUACCUCAACUGUUAGUGGUAUCAAUUUCCUAGAUGUCCGAGAUCCUGACUAUAAUGAACAGUGUGUGAGCACACCUCCUGUCACUGUUAAAGCAUGUCUUCAGUCACACACUCUGACGCUAAAGAAAAACAGUGUUGCUUCAUACCACUCAGGCUCAGUUGUAAAAAAAACAACAAAUGUUACACACACAACUUUCCAUGAAUCCGGCCCUGCAAAACAUAAAGCAGUGUUGGAUCUUAGCCGCGAUAAUAAUGAGAGCAGCCAUUUUGCUGACCACAGUACAGAAGAAAGUGUCCAAGAGACAAAACACAGGAAGAUAAGGCUGCUUCCACGGAGGCUCUUUCCAGCUACAGGAGAAAAAGAGCACAGAGGGAGUGUGUCAAUUUCCUCUGAGAAAGAUGAGUCCACUGGAGGUCUAGACACUUGUGACAGAAGUGAUCCUGAUGUUGGGCUGAUCUGCCAAAAAGUUGGCAAGAAGUAUACCCGCAAAAUUCAGGAUCGUUCACGAAAAAUGGAUUACUUUACUGAACAGUCAGUGAUGUCUGCACAGAAACAUCUGACGACGGUGGAGGUACAAAUACAGCAAUACCGAAUGAAACAUUUGGAAAAGUUCCAGCAGACCAUUCUGGAAGAGCUUGAAAACUUUGAGAAAGAUUCCAAGGCGUUAAAGCAAAUGGAAAAAGAAUUUACUAAUUUUUGGAGCCAGCAAACGCAAGUGCUCAGUGUCUAUCACAGCAAUGAACAAAAAAGGAUUCAUUGCCUGAAGACGUCAUUUGAAAAGAAUGUAUCACACUGCACAAAUUUCGAAGGAAAGAUUUUUACUUCUGAAAUGCAUGUUAUGAAAGAAGACAUGAAGAAUGUUCAAGAAUUGCUUCUCAAAAAAAUGCAUGAAGAAGAUCUUCUCAGUGUACGAAGAGGACUAGAGUCCCUCUUUAUGGCAGGAUCAGGUCCCUUUUAGCUUCCAGUACCUUUUGCCAGGCAUGUCAUUUUAUGUCUUACAGAAUGUGUGUGCCGAUAGAUUUAGUUCACUGGUUUAAUUAUUUGGUCUUUUUGGUUAGGUUGUUGAGUUGUACCAGUGAUUUCUAGAAGAUGUAUGCAGAGAAAGGGCAAAAAAACAAGAAUGUAAAUGUUAUGAAAGACUAAGUCAGACUUUUAUAUAUAACUUCAGAAGUAUGAUAGAAAUAAUUUCAUUGAAUUGCCAAUGCUGUGCACUAGCGUACACUUUCCUGCUAAACAAAUCACACAUUUGUUUUACUAAAUGCAGUACUUCUGUGCAAAGUGCAGUGACCCAAAACAAGCAAAAAAAAGUCCCAAUUAUGGCCCAAACUUUUGUGUAGGAUAGAUAGGUACGGCGGCUAGAACCUCUUUAGCCUCUUAUGUGUCCCAUUAGGUAAGAUUAUUCCCACAUUCUGUAUGGUCCUCAGAACCGGGAGUCUUCCUAACUGGAUCACAGAUAACAUCUAACAAAGGUUCUAAUCUUCCCUGCUCUAACCACAAUUGAUUAGAGGUAGGCAGACGAAAGCUGAUUGCUGGUUUACCAUAAACGUUGCUGUGUUCGCUGUGUAGCUGUUCAUUACUUGUGACUUUUGUACACUUGUUGUUCAUUUGUUUUAUCUUGUUAAAUAUGUCUUUGCUUUGUUUUGCUAAUUGCAUUUAAGUGAUGUAAAAGUCAAAUUUUAAAGUCUAAAGUUUGAUAUGUAAGGGGUGAUAAAUAGUAAAGAUUUUCUUUGAUGUUCCCA